GCAGAUCUUCAAAAAAUCAUCGGACAAAAUCAAACAUGGCUGAGUUGAACAGCCAAAAACAUGGCAGAUCUUCAAAAAUCAUCAGACAAAAUCAAACAUCGCUGCAGAUCUUCAAAAUUCAUCGGACAAAAUCAAACAUAGCAAGAAACUACAUGAAGAUGCAUUGGGUGAGAGUAGAGUUUCUUCAGAGUUUCCAGCCUCAGAUCUACAUCAAAAUGGCACAAAUGAUGAUGAGGAUGGUGUUCAGAAUUGUACUUUUACAGAGCUGCUAUCCACAGGUAUUCAUGCGGACGAGGAAUUUUAUGUUCACCACACACCCAAUGGCACUAGAAUGUGGUGUCCUAAUGUUCCUAUUGUUUUAAAGCCUGUUGUUGGUUGUGUAUAUGAAACGUAGAAGG